GUCGGUUAUCACUGUCCUCUUUUUUCUUGCUUUGCGACAGGGAAGACAGGGAGUUGGAAUUGGCGAUAAGUGAUAACUGCGUGAUGAACAAGACAGAAAGCCAGUAGGAUCUCCAUUGUACCCAUUAUACCCUGGAUUGCCAUGCAAAGCUUUUUAGCUUCCUCUUCCCGAUGUUUGCUUCGACCUAUGAAUGUACGGUGAUAUCAACACUCCCCGAAGACUCAAUCAACACCACAACUCUACCAUAAUGUUCUAAAUCAAGUAAAUAAUCAUCAUCACGGUCAAUGGAUUCCCAGAUCGAGUACCGGAAGCCUAUCCCGGCAUUCUACUGCUGCUAUCUCCUUCGCUCCGCCGUGCGACACGGCUCUCUGUACAUCGGCUCAACCCCGAAUCCGGCGCGGCGGCUUGCUCAACACAACGGCAUCGCUAAGGGCGGUGCAAAGCGGACAUCCACGGAAAAUCUGAGGCCAUGGGAAAUGGUAAUAGUUGUCGAGGGGUUCAUGAGUCGGAUUGGAGCAUUGCAGUUUGAAUGGGCUUGGCAGCAUGGGAAGGAAUCGCGACAUAUUGAAUCGGAUGCUGCUGCACCUUGUAAUUCGGCAGGGACUCCAGAGCUCGAUAUUAAUGUCAAACCGAAAACAGGGAAACCAAAGUCUCGGAGACGAUCAUCCCGACCCCGGUCAUUGGCAGCUCAUCUGGCUAAUCUGCAUCUCCUGCUGCGGUCUACGUAUUUUUCAAGAUGGCCAUUGACUGUACGGUUCUUCUCUCCGGAUGCCCACCGCGUGUGGCAAGUCUGGAGCGAGAGAGUCGAUGGUUUCUUGCCGGAUCAUAUCGGGAUUGUCUUGGACGGAGAUUGUGGCCACGAAGACGUUCAGCCCAACCGCAACAACACCCGAGUAGGAAGCAUUCAACAAAUACAAGCUGGCUACACUAACAUUCAGUCUUAUCUGGAGAAAGCUAUAUUUCUGCUGGAUGAUCCGCAGGGACUAUGCUGCAGAAUAUGCGGAGCGCCAGUUCUCCCGAAGAAUGAGCCGAUAGUUGUAUGCCCGCAAGAAAAUUGUCACUGCAUGAGUCAUCUCACAUGUCUAUCGAAAAUAUUUUUAAACGAAACAGGUGACCCAGGCCAAUUCGUACCGACACAUGGUUCCUGUCCAGCUUGUAAAGAGAUCGUCCAGUGGCCAUUGAUCAUGAAGGAACUGAGCCUUCGAAGUCGUGGAGGGAAAGAACUGCACGCUGUGCUAAGAAAGAAGAGGAAGGGGAAAGACGAUGGUGAUUCUGCUGCUCCUGGGAAAGGAGAUUUUGAUGGGCGUUCAUCAAUUGUCGAGCCCACACCAGAUAACCACCUGGAAACAAGAGAGCCCCUUUGGGGACAUUCUGUGGAGGAAUCAGAGCUAGACGAUGAUUGGACUGAAGGAUUGGAUAUGGAGUCAGAUUCUGACGCCGAUACUCGAGUCAAGGAAUCUUCAAAAGGACAUCCAUCGCGACUAGAAAUCGUGAUUGAAGACAGCGAGGAAGACGAUUUGGAAAUACUAGACGUCUGAAGUAGAUCCAUUAAGAGUACUUCAUGAACGGCAGAUCUACUCCUUACUGGAGCCACAUGGCAAUGGAUCCAGCUUCCUCAAAGGCCCAAUGGCGCCUAAAGCAUUGAUACGGUCCAGAACGUUUCUCAGAAUAUCCUGCGAUACUUCGUCGAUCGACCUUCCAGCAUCGAUUAUACGGACAUCACCACUCUCCUGCAGGUCAAAUACGGACUGGAAUAUCUCACGCACGCGAUUCUGCAUUGUACUAUUCUCGUAUCGCUCAACGCCAAAUCCACCGCGCUUUGCCGCCUGUUCAGGCGAUAUAUUGAGAAAAAUACAUAUAUCAGGACGUGGUAGACCAACUUCCGGUUGCCAUGCCCACUGAAGUGACAGACUGGGGUUCGCCUUUGCAGCUGAGUAAACAGCCCCAGAGUACGAAUAGCGAUCCACAAUCAGGCUGACUCCACGGGAAAUGUCUUCUUCAAUGCUCGUAGCAAUUUCCCAGCGAUUGGCAGAGAAAAGGAGGUGGAUGGAGUGGUCGUCUAGCUGCGACUGGCCACGUAGGUAACCAUCUAUUAGCUUCCCAAUGGGCGUUGUCCUGUCUGGUACAACUGUUAGAAUUACGCAGAAAAUUGAAAU